AUGGCGCAGCCGUCGCAUCCCACCUUCAUCAACCUCCCUCCCCCGGGCUCGAACCCGGAUACGCCUUCUGAAAUGCCCGGCACGCCGACGAGCACGACAACCUCUCUGUCCGCCCUGUCUACGACCGCUAUUAAAGAUGGCCAUCGCGGUCAUUUCGCCUCGGGCCCCCAUGGCCGUGGCCACCAGCACAGCCCAUCCGCCACGAGCCUCGAGGCUGAACGAGCCGACCGCAUCUCCCGCCUGGCCGGGCUCGAGCGAGUAUCGACAUUGCGCGCCGCGCCUCAGACACCCAGUCAGGGCGGCGGCGCCUCGUCUCUCUCGCCCCAGACGACGCCCACCUCGACGACCGGCUUUCCGCCCAACUUCCCCGCCUCGCAACACCUGACGCCGGCUUACUUUGACAGCAAUGGUCAGCCCGUUGCCGUCACCAAGAUGAGCACCGUCGGCACCGCCAGUGCGACCGAAAGCCACAUUGGCGAGGGCGAGGGCUCGCGUGCCAUGGCCGGCGAGCGCGACGAGGACAUGCUCAGCACCGAUACCAAUUACAGAGAGGCCGAGUCCGUCACUAGCCUGGGAGCUGACCCGGACGCCAUGGACGAGGACAUGGCCACGCGGUCCGUCGGCGGCUACGAAGAUCGAAUGAGCGAUGACGGCUCUGCCUCGCUCGUGGGAUUCGGCGAGGGCGCCGGCAGCACCGUCUCGGGACCCAUCUACCACCGCCGCGUGCCGCCCGGAGCGUCUGCCGCGCAUCAGGCAUGGAACCUGGAGCGGGUUAACUCGGGCCUCAGCGACGCACGCCGCGACCGCGAUACGCCCAUGGGAGGGGGCCUGGCCAGCGGUGGCGACACGCCCAUGAGCGCGUCGGCUAUCCAGGAGCGCCGCGACGCCCGCAUGAUGGACGGCGUCGCGGCAGAUCCUCCCCAUCCUGGGUAUCCAUCGGGGGACGAGACGUUUGUGGACACAACCUUCAGGGGGCCUGUCGUGUCACGGCAGCAGACGAGGGAGACGGCUGAGAGGCUUGUGUCACCGCUCGAUGCGGGCGAGCAGAGGGUAGGCUCGACGGCGCUGGGCAGCCCAGGCCGCGGAGGCGAGCCAUUGGGCAAGUUUUACUUUGAGGGCAAUAGGACGGAUGACUGA